AUUGUUCUGCAAUAUGUCCUCAGCUUGUUCGACGUAUGGAUGGAGCUCUAUUAAAGCAGCUGUGACAUUGCAUUGUAUUUCACAUCUGAGGUUGCAUUUUGUGUUUAGGAGUUACCCUGAAAUUAAUGGUGUGCAAACUUUCCACAAGGCCCACAUAAUGAAAAAUCAAAGGGUGUGGGGCCAAUUUGAUAUCUAUUUUUUAUUUGGUUAGAAGGCUUGUAAAGAGGUGAUAUACUGUACAUAGUAUAUAGACAUUUAAAGGCCUACUGAAACCCACCACGCAGUCUGAUAGUUUAUAUAUCAAUGAUGAAAUAUUAACAUUGCAACACAUGCCAAUACGGCCUUUUUAGUUUACUAAAUUACAAUUUUAAAUUUCCUGGGAGUUUCGUCUUCGAAACGUCGUGUAAUGAUGUGUACGCAAGACGUCACGGGUUUUUAGGAAGUAUGAGCGCUGCACACACACACAGCUAAAAGUCCAGUUUUUUGGACAUCUGUGUUGCUGAAUCUUUUGCAAUUUGUUCAAUUAAUAUUGGAGAAGUCACAGUAGAAAUAUGGAGUUGGGAAGCUUUAGCCUUUAGCCACACAAACACACAGUGAUUCCUUGUUUAAAAUUCCUGGAGGUGAAACUUUCCUAUGGAUCAGAGCGCGGUCAAGCGAACACGAAUCAAGACGAAAUGUCAACCAGCAGGUUUCGGUGAGAAAAUUGUGGUUAAAAAGUCAGUUCUUACCGGAGAAAAGCUGAGCUUGUGCCGUCCAUAGCUGCCGUCGACUCCCCUGAGACAUUGGCGUCAAGACACCCGUGGAGACACCCUUCUGACUAUCAGGGCCAUUCCACACUAGCGGCAUUGCAGGAUUUCAGCACACCAUUAACAUGGACGGCAGGGACGAGUUCACUGAAGACAGUGAAUGCUGCAGCAACAAUUCCCAGGAAGUCCUCGGACAGGAGAGCAUCUCAGGGCUGUGUUUGCCUCCAUAGAAGACAGCGAUAGCGACCUCGACCACCACGGCGAGGACUCCUCGUCCAACACCUCGGCUGAUGACCACAUGACCGCCAAGAGGGCGCAGUGCCGCCUGCAAGGAGCGGGAGUCAAAGAGGAAAACGAGGAAGGGUCUGACCACUUUGUAUGUCCUCUUUGCACACUGGACUUCAGCAGCUCCGAGAAGCUCAUCUCCCAUGUCUACCAGCACACAAGCAUGACAAGCAGCACCAAGAGCUACGUGUGUCCCGUGUGUGGGCGAGCGCUGAGUUCACCCGGCUCGCUGGGACGCCAUCUUCUCAUCCACUCCGAGGACCGCCUCUCCAACUGUGCCGUCUGUGGAGCACAUUUCACCGACACCACCAACUUCAACAGAGAGAAGCUGAAAGAUGUCCUGGAUACGACCAGGCUGGAUGUCUCAGGUGGAAGGGACACGUGUACCCUGACCCACUCGCUCUCCAGCAGUCCCAUAGCCAGUCCAGGACCUGACCCUCUUUCCUGCCACAGACCAGGACCGGGUCCCAGUUCCUGUCAGGGCCCUCAGCAAUGCCAAGUUCCCGACCCCAGCACAGGUCUCUGUCAGGCCCAUCGAACAUGUGACGAGUCGGACCACAUCUCCAGCUUGUGUCAGGGUCCUGGAUCAGACCGAGGUCCCUCCUUCCCCUCGCUGCCUGACAGUCUGCUCUCUGAAGGACCGUCGCUCGCGUCCAUCCCAGAUUCCCUUAACUCCUCCCCCUCCGGUCUUCCUCCAAUCCCAGACAUCCUGAGUCCGAUGCCCGUGUAUCCUGCCGGAAUUCUCCUGGUGUGCAACAGCUGCGUGGCCUACCAGCAGCUGGUGGACGCCCAGUCCCCCGCACACAAAUGGGCUAUUCGCAGGAAAAGCGAGCCGGUAGAGGCGCGCAUGCAUCGCCUGGAGCGCGAACGCACGGCCAAGAAGAACAAGCGCGCGUGUGAGACGGACGAAGAGCGGGAACUGCGGCGUCUGCGGGACCGCGAGUCCAAGCGCAUGCAGAGGAUGCAGGAGACAGAGGAGCAGCGGGCGAGGCGCCUUCAGCGGGACAGGGAGGCCAUGCGCAUGAAGAGGGCCAACGAGACGCCUGAGAAGAGGCAGGCCAGGCUGAUACGCGAGAGGGAGGCAAAGAGGAUCAAGCGGCGGCUGGAGAAGAUCGACCCCGCCCUCAGGACACAGAUAGAACACGACCCCGCCGCUAUGGCUGCCCUGACGGCAGACAUGAGCCUAUUUCAGUUCCCCUGCUCCGUCCCUUCUAUGGAUAAUGGACUCUUUAUGAAGAUGCCCUAAGAAGACCACUUUCACUUCAUUCUAACGCUGCCUUCACACUUGUCUUUGAUUCGCUUAAACCACCUCUCAUGUUUAUGGCGUCAAAGCAGUAACAAAAUCCUCACGCGUAAAAACCACACUCAUGACCUCUCUGCACACGUGAUUCAUUUUGCGCACUACAAUUUAAUUGCCAUUUACCAAGAUUUUAAAUUGUAUUUCUAGAAAUUUCACUAGUUUUAAGAGCUUAUUUGAUUAUUUUUUAUGUUUAAUGAUUAGCAUGAAUAUUAUAUUAAGUCUAUUCUCGUACAAAAAUGUAAAAAUUGAGAAAAUAACUACCGGUUUUCAAAUAAGAUAUUUUGGUUUAUUCCCGCGAAGAAAAUAUUGUUCUGCAAUAUCUGGAGGAUGCUUAAAUUAAGAUUUGCAAACAGAACUUAGACUUAGACUUCCUUUUUGUUGUCAUUCAAAUUUGAACUUUACAGUACAAAUAAGAACUACAUUUUGUUGCAUUAGCUCUUGGCAGUGCAGGAUAAAAAAAAAAGCAAUAAGGUGCAGAUAUAAAUAAAUAGAUUACUGCAUCCAUGUGUCCAUGUUUAUGGAUGUAUGUUAUAUUGUCUUUUUCAUUCCAGCGAGUUAAUCCAUUUUGAGGGGAGUUGAGGGUAUAUUUAAUUAUGAGGCGUUCAAGAAGAUUGCUUGUUUUCAAAAUAAAGUGCUUUAUUCUAUCUUUAUAGUCCUGCCAAUUUCUAGAUAUACAAAUCUUAAUUUCGGAUGUCUCAUCAAGUAAAAUUAUCUGUACAUGCAGCUACUUAAUACCACUAGUUUUUAGUAUUUUUUCCUGAAAUCAAAUACUUUCACAGCUUACUUUUGCAGUGUGCGCACGUAGACUCAUUUUGCACGUUUGAACCUAUUUUGUGCAUACGCAAACACAUUUUUAGCCCAUGUCGGCUAAUUUUGCACACAUGCGGACUCCUUUUGUUCGUAUGCAAACAAAUUUUUGCCCCUGUGGACUAAUUUUUCACAUGUGCAUACGUAAACACAUUUUUUCCCCAUGCGAACUCAUUUUGCACGCGUGCGGACUCAUUUUGCACAUAUGCUGACUUUCUACGUGCGAGCGUGGACCCAUUUUGAUAUGCAAAAACCUUUUUUGUGCGUGCGGACUCAUUUUGUGCAUAAGAAAACAAGUUUUUACCGUGCAGAUUAGUUUUGCAGGUGUGUUUUGCACUCAUUUCGCGCGCCUACGGACUCAAUUCAUGCAUGUGCAAACUAAUUUUUUGUUCAUGCGGACUCAUUUUAUGCAGGCACCAACCAGUUUUUUGCGCAUGUGGACUCCUUUUGCAUACAUGCAGACUCAUUUUGCACAUGUGUGGACUCGUUUUUUGCAUACGCAAACUCAUCUUUUGACCACGUGGAUUAGUUUUGCACACAAGCUGACUCAUUUUGUACGCACACAGUCUCAUUUUAUACAUGCGCAAACACAUUUUUUCGCAUGCGCAAACUAAUUUUCCGAGCAUGCAGACUCAUUUUGUGCAUAAGCCAACUAAUUUUAAGCUUGUGCAGCCUCUGCCUGUGUGUGGCAUUUUUUUGCACUUGCACACACUCUUUUCCCCAAUUCCACUCUUUUGGCACUAGGGGGCGGGCAAUAAAUAGACGGCCCAGCAUUUCCCCUCCUUUCUUAUUGGUCACCAGGAGACAGUAGGUGUUUAUGGCGACCAAUCAAAGUGUCACAAUGUAGAAUGUCGGAAAAGACACAUGGCGAACAAUCGCGCACACAGAGGCCUCACAGGCUUAAAAUGAGUUUGCAGUCGUGUGCAAAAUGCAGUGAGCUUUAUACACGCCAAGAAUGUGGCCCUUUUUUGACGUCAUACGUGUGUGUGUGUGUGUGUGUGUGCGUGUGUGUGUGUGGUGUGUGUGUGUGUGUUUGUGUCACAAGCGCACUCCCCAAGUCUAUUUUAGAAGAUUUUUAAGCAGGUAUAUACAGUAAUACUGAAUUAUUUAUCAAUCAACUUCCAGACACGACACCCUGAAAUAUGAACAGGAAAGACGUUUUUUGGAGAAUAAUCCUAGUUGUACGCGCACAAAACAAUAUAAAAAGUGUGUAAAUUAUAUAAGAAAUGAUCACGUUCACUUUUAUUGAAAAUUGAGGCCAAAGAAGGAGCCACACAAUAUUCUUUUUUUGAAUUCAGUAGUUUCUCACCUUCUUUAUCAAAGUACUCACAACUUUAUUUGGCCCCAUUGUGGAUUCAAUUGCGAUCAUACUAAAAAAAAAAAAAAAAAUACUGAUAGAGUCCCCAACGCGAGGGAUUCUUAUUUUGGGAGAUGAUAUCUGAUCAAACAUACUAUUAUGUUAGGUGCAAUAUUUGGCUGUGCAAUAAUGGAUAUCCGAAAACCGGAGCAACAUUAAAAAAAAAGUAAUCAUAAGAGAAGUGUGGCUGUAUAAAGAGAUAAUAUCAGAAAACAACAUAAUAUGUCCUGAAAACUGCCCAAUCAUGUCCGUACUUGAGACUUUCUCCACUGAUGGCAGAGACGAUGCCCAUUUAGAUAAUUGUCUCUUUCAAAAGCAGGACAGAUUAUAGGUUGUUUUUUUUUUUUUUUUUUUUCAAAAAAAAAAAAAACUGCUUGCGUGUCGUGAUAACGUGUAAUGUUUGAGUAUAGAAGCACAAGUGUGAACGCAGCCUCAACAAGACUUUUUUUUCUCGUGGUGAAGAAUGUUCCAACUUGAUUCAUUCAAGCAUGUUGUAAAGAGAUUUUGAUUUGAAGAGAUGUUUUUGCACAUAUUUUAUAAUAUCAUGUGGACUUUGAGAGCCAUAGAGCCCAAAUCCCUUCCUCCUCACCUUCUUCAAGCUGCCGCAUCAAGUCGUUGAUGUCCACUCAACCUUCUACCUCACAUGACUGAUGUUUCUACUAGUGCUGUCCCACUAGUACUACCUACUAGUACUACUUACUAGUAUUGGCACUACUUCAUCGGACCAAAAGCAAGAGUGUGUAUCCUCCUGAGAACCACAGCUUCUCUUUGUGGUACCAAAGUACUACAAACUAGGGGUGUCCCAAUCCAAUAUUGAUAUCGGUCUAAUAUCAGCAAAAAAAAAAAAAGUAUCAGAUAUCGGCUUGCAUGUAAAAUAUCCCUGCUUUCUGGAGGACAUUUAGGACUCCUUGUAUCGAAUGUUUGACCUUUCAUUGUGUUUUACUGAAGUUAUUUACGAACGAUAAACAUGGAAGGCUAUAAACUACUCGGAGCUAGCAGCUACACAGCAGCUAAGCACACAAUAGCACAGAUGCUAGACCAGUCCUUGUUUAAUAGUGGGGUGCGGUGCGAUGCUUUUUUCCCCCCGUACCAGAAUAUGAUGAAGUGUAUGUAGGUAACACAGUAACCACGGUGGGAGAUGAGGAAAGACCCUUUAAUGUUAAUACACUUACAAUGUUUUGCAGAGGUAUAGUUAUAACAAUUUUAUAGACAAAUUAUACUGUUUGUCUAUAAUAAUAUAGGAGGCAUAAACACAUUUUUUGAGAAGUACUGUGCUAGACAUAAGUAAUAAGUGUCCUUAUUUGAACAAUAUUGCAGUCCAAAACAUGAUGUUUGUCAAUGUAAACAAAUAUCUAAUCAUUUUAGUUGCAUAUUACUUACAUUUACAAAGUCUCCGAGGCAGAAGCAUAUUAGAAAGAAUUCAGUAACAAACGUGUCUGCAUUAUUCAACUAACUGCCUCACUGCUAAAUCUUUCAUAAAGUUUGUGUUAUUCAUACCUACCAUUGUUCUCUGACUAAGUUCACUUGAUCUAACCUUUUCUAACAGUCUACACUACAUAAUAAAGCUUUGUGCUAUGUUUACUGCUGAUAUCGUAUCAGAUUAAUAUCAAUAUCGGCUAACACCCAAGACUCCCACAUUUGUAUCAUGUUGGAAGUGGAAAAGUUGAAUCGGGACACUCCUACGGUCUACUAGUAUUGUUCUACUAGUACUGCCACUACUUCAUUGGACCUAAAGAAAGACUGUGUCCUCUUUGAGUACUACAACUUCUCUCAGAGUACUACAAACACGAUGACAACUUCUCUACUCGGUUUUCUGCUCUUGUGCUCAAUCAGUGCUGCUGUUUUUCCUCAUGACUGUACGAUACAUGUUAUUACCUCCUAUUAUUAUUACUAUCAUCAUCACUGGCAGUAAAAUAUGCUCCAAAAAUGUCCGUACUUGAAUUUGGCCUGAGUUGGUUGGAACUUCAGGCCUUGCUUGGUAGCGUUCACUGCACGACUUUGCAAACAUUUUCACCGAUAACCACCAUGAACCUCAUAUUUAUGCAAUAUUGUCUCUCAAUGUUUUUUUCUUGUCACUCUUUUGUUUUUUUUUAUAUUUAAAAUAUGGUAUUUUCUUGUGCAUUUUUUUCUCAACAGCGUUUGCAUGUGUUUGUGUCACUCCUAGACCAACCUGUCAAGCGGUAUUAUUUUCCAUAUGAAGUUGGAGGAAAAGUAUUGGCAGUAAAAAAAAAAAUUAAGAAUUGAUUUACCAAAUGUCAACAUUUUAUAAUAAAAGUAAAUCUGCAACUAGAUAAGGGAGCUGCCAUACUCAUCAGUUAUUGUUACAUAUUAGCUCUAAAAUAUUCAUCUUUGUGCGCAUUAAAUUCAGCAUCAAAUUGUAUUCACAUUAAAUGACUACUUUUUCCUUCAAA